AUGCUUCAAAUGACAAAUCAACAGAAACCGACAUCGGCAUCAGCUUCGACUUCAAGAAAAGGCAAGGACAGCAAGGACAGGGACAAGAACAUUAGCAAGGCUAAAGACAAAGAACAAGGAGAAUGGCUGCCACCACAGAGCCCCAAGUCGCCGUUGGCUAUUGAGGAGGUCCUCUUCGAGAUCGUUUCCCGUCUAGACAAGCACUCGCUCCACAGCUGCGUCUCCGUUAACAGAAUCUUCUACCGAGCAGCAGUGAGAGCACUCUGGAUGUCUGUGCAGUGGAAGAGCUCCCUCAGCAACCCCUCUUUUCUCCCAGAGAUGCUUCGCUACGGACAUAAUGCGAUCGAGCUCCAGGACAACUUUGACGCCGACCUGGAUGUUAUUGCCGAAAAGUGUACUCGACUCCGGGAGUUGCGACUCGUCUGGACACAAGCAACCGACUCGAAACUACACAACAUCCUCGUCGCAUCACCCAACAUUUCAAGCCUUUACCUCUACAACUGCAAGCCUCUCACCACCCUGGCGCUCUCACACAUCCAAGCACUUUCAGGCCUCAAGAAGCUGGAGAUCAAGAACAUGCUGUACGUGGACGAGACCUCGAUCGCCGGAAUAUUACGGUCCUGCCCGCUGAUAGAGCACCUGGUUCUGGAGGAUGUCCGCUUGAGUCGAGUUGCAAUGGAGAGCCUUGGAGUCACACCCCUCAGGAUCAGGACCCUUGCAUUGACUCGUUCUUCACCGACAGGAAGCUUUGUUAGGAAUAUCCUACGCAACGCACCCUUGCUUCGGGAAUUCUCGCUCGCCAGGAAUGUGCACUCAGCCCUUUUGACGGAGGAUCUACUGCCUGGGCCAGAUAUGUAUGGAUGUCUGGUCAGCCUCAACCUAGAGUCGUGCAAGACCAUAGCGAGUGAGGCCCUGUUGGCGGUCCUCAAGCUCUGUACGGGACUCGAGCGGAUUAACCUGUGCGGGACAUUUGUCGACGAUACUGCGCUGGACGUCAUUGCCUCCAACAGUCAGAAGCUGACGAGUCUGAACCUGGGAUGGUGUGCGCAGAUCUCGGAUGCAGGUUUAUUGCGGGUGUUGACGGCAUCCCAACACUUGGUCUUCCUCGACAUAUCUUCGCAUGGAGUGUUGACGGCCGGGAUCUUCCGCCCCGAUCUGGUCUGGGCCUGCACUCGACUGCAGACAAUGAUCAUGGUUGGGAUCGACAUGGUGCGCCCCGGGGGCCAGAUCCAGCCAAACCACACCAUGAUGUACAACCAAUUGAGCCGACUUUUGUGUCUGCAGGACUUGGCGAUUGGAGGACCUUAUCAAGACCUACAGCUGAAGGCGGGGUUCAACAAGAUGGGGGAACUGGUCAACCUCGAGUCGUUCAGGAUCCAUCACCUGCAAACGGCACUAGGCGAGGACGAGAUCCGUUGGCUGGUCGAGGCGUGGCCAAAGCUGAAACGACUCAAGGUUGAGCAGGCAUCGCUCUCUGAGCCCUGGAGACGGUACUUCCGACGCCGUCGGCCCCACCUGAUUCUCGGAUAG